AUGUACACAUUGGUCACCUUGGCCGAUGUGGUGCAAAUCCAGCCCACUGAUUUCUCGAAGCCAAGCAUGCGCUCUAUCGAAGAUUUCAUAAAUGCCAAAUAUGCGGACAAGGUCAUACACAAGGUCGGGCUCUGCGUUGGCCUCCACUCACUCAUAUCAGCAUCUGAGGGCCUCAUCGGACACGGAACUGGAAUUGUCAAUGUCAACGUGGACUUCCGACUUAUUGUGUUCCGACCCUUCCGAGGCGAAAUCAUCCGGGCCACGAUUACCAAGGCGGACAUCAGUGGCAUUACUCUCUCGGCAGACUUUUUCGAAGACAUACACGUGCCCCUGGGGUUCAUGUUCGAGGACACGGACUGGAGGCAGGACGACAGCGGGACGUGGGCUUACAUCUGGAGGACCGACGAUGGCGAGGGAGGGUCCAACGAGUUCUACUUCGAUAUUGCAGAGACAUGCAUGGUUCGAGUGGAAGAGGAGAUGUGGACCGACGUAUCGCCGGAUGCAUUGAGAUCGCAAACGUAUGCGAAUGAUGAGGAAGAAGAGAACGCCAGGCGCAUGGCGCCCUACCUCAUUCGAGGGAGUAUGAUGCAUGCUGGGCUGGGCCCUACCUUGUGGUGGGCUGGGGAAGAAGCUGCAGCAGGGGAAGACACGGCGAUGAACGGCACGUGA